UGCUGUUCGCCGGGUCCUUCCUCCUUUUCUCCUCAAGUUGGCGCCGCAAAAGCCUCUCGCCUCGAAGGAUUUCUUCUCCUCUGCCUCGCCGUCCGCCCGCUGUUCCCCACUACCGUCCGCGCGAAGGGAGACAAGGCGGCGACGAAGAGAGCCACCCCUCCUCAGAGGAUGGUCGCGCUCGCGCAGCCACCUUCCGCGGUCAAGGGACCCAAAGGAGAGGCCGAGAGGAAACGGAGCGACGCACAGGGAAGAGGAGGAAACGGCGGCGGCGGUGCAGGUGGCGGGGGUGGAGGUAGAGGGAAGAAGCAGAAGAACAAGGAGGUUUUCAUCUACGGAAACUACAGGAACUACUACGGCUACCGAAUUGAUCGUAACGUUGGUGAAGAUCCCCGCCUUGAGAUAUUCAAGGAGGAGUGGUUUGCAGGCAAGGAUUGUCUCGAUAUUGGAUGCAACCAAGGUUUGGUCACAAUUGGUCUAGCGAUGAAGUUUGUGUGUCGAAGCAUCCUUGGAGUUGACAUUGAUAAAGGUUUGAUUGAAACUGCUAACUGGAAUUUAAGAAGGAUAUCUCGAACAGGCAAGGUGGCUCCGGAAAGUGCCAAGGUUCAUAACUCGUCAGACUCCACAACUCAGAGCUGUCGAGAAGAAGUGGUAUCUGAGAUGCCAAAUGGAGAUAUUCCUAAACACGAACAACCUGAUCUUUUUGAAAUUGUUUCUUUUCGGUCUGAAAAUUUUGUCCAGAGCACACACAGAUAUACAGAACAGUAUGACACCAUCAUGUGUUUGAGCGUGACAAAAUGGAUCCACCUGAACUGGGGUGAUGAUGGCAUAAUCACUUUGUUUGUGAAGAUAUGGAGUCUUCUAAGACCGGGAGGGAUUUUUAUCAUGGAGCCUCAACCUUGGACCUCGUAUAGGAAAAACAGAUUAGUGUCAGAGGUUGCCAAAGAAAACUUCAAUGAUAUCUGUAUAUAUCCUGAGAAAUUCCGGGAGAUACUUCUGGACAAGGUAGGAUUCAGGUCAGCAGAGGUGAUUACCAACAGAUUGGUUGGUUCUGUCGCUGGUUUUGAUCGCCCAAUUGAAGUUUACCACAAAUGAUGGAAUGAGAUUGACACUUGCCUCUUGCCCAGAGGCUCAUGUGAUGCUUCGGGUGCGGAAGUUUGGUUCUGCGGGAUUUGUUGAGCUUCACCGGUGCUUUCUUUGGUACAAAUAUGAUGAUCAAGGUUUCACAUGACGCUAGAUUAGCAGUUUGUGGAAGUGUUCUUUUCAACAAGCGCCCAAGGAAUGAUAUGGAUAGGGAAAUUUUGUCGGGGUUUUGCCUUCCCUAGGUAGUUUCCGAUAAUUUUGUCAGACUUUAGGCAAUUAGCCUUUGUGUAGAUGAAUUUUGUAUGCCAGAGAAACCUUCCAGUAAUAUAAGAUUUCUGUUCCUAUGAA